AUGCGCACCCACGACGGCGAGCCGUCAGCAGCCGCCUCGCCUCCGCUGUACAGCUUCGUCCACGUCGUCCUCCAGCAGCAGUACCCGCGACAGCCGGCGCCCAUGGCGUUCACGCCGGGGGGCUCCAUGAUGGAGGCCGCCGCCAAGAAGGAGGUCCGCGCCGAGGUGCGCGACGUGUGGGCCGGCAACUUGGACGCGGAGCUCGCAAACCUCUCGGCGGUGCUGCCGCACUACCCCUGCGUAUGCGUGGACACGGAGUUCCCCGGCGCGGUGCACGGCUCGGACACGCCGCGGCACCUCCGCGGCCCGCGCGAGAGCUACGCGCUGGUCAAGAGGAACGUGGACGACCUCAAGCUGCUCCAGGUCGGGAUCGCGCUGUCGGGCCCCGCCGGCCGCUUCCCCGUCGCGUGGCAGUUCAACCUCCGCGGCUUCGACCCCGCGCGCCACCCGUACGCGCCGGCCUCCAUUGCCAUGCUCCGCGCGCAGGGGAUGGACUUCGCCGCGCUGAACAAGUUCGGCGUCGACCCCUACGACUUCGCAGUCGGGUUCCACCGCAGCGGCCUCGCCUGCGGCCAGCUCACCUGGACCGCGUUCUCGGGCGCCUACGACUUCGCCUACCUAGCCAAGGUGCUCACCGGCGGCCAGCCGCUGCCGGCAACGCUGGACGGGUUCCUCGCCCUGGUACGUCGGCUGUUCGGCUGCAAUGUGCUCGACGUCAAACACCUCGCCAGGUGCUGCGCCAUGCGCGGGGGGCUGGAGCAGGUGUCCGCCGCGCUCGGCGUCGAGCGCGCCGCCGGCCGCGCGCACUGCGCCGGCUCCGACAGCCUGCUCACCACCGACGUACUCCUGGCAAUGAUGAAUCGCUUCUUCACCAACGUCAAUGUGCUCGCGCACGCCGGAACUAUCGUAGAUCUAGCCUAG